UAAGGCAAAUGUCGGAGUGAGCGCGGGCCACUGGGGGAAGGAAGUUGUGCAGGGUCAAUAACACGCACAUACACGCACACGUAGGGGCUCCGUAAAUCACGCGCACACGCUCGCUCCGGCAACAAGUCGUGUGUGUAACUUCCAAACCGUCUGGUUUGGUAGUUUUUUCUAUUUUUCUCUGGCAACUUUUUUGGGAGGUGGUCGCUGCAAAUAUGACCACAGCUGUUGUGUCGCCUUUCUUCGACUUCGAAGCAAUCAAUAAGAACAAGAAACUGCUGGGCUACAAUGGCAACCUGGCCGUGCCGCACACCAAUGUUUCCAGCGCCCUACUGGACAGGAAGGCGGUGGGCUCCCCUGGAGCGUACCAGCGGCGGCACUCUGUCAGCAGCGGCAGCGCAAAGUUUAACCAGAACCAGUUCCUCAACAGUCUGAAGGCAGCAGAGCAUUCACCACUCAUCUCGGGCCUUGGUGGCGGCGGCGGUGGCGGCAACAAGGAGAACCACUUGCGGUUGCGGGACCGCUCCUUCUCCGAGACGGGCGAGCGUCUCCUGCAUAAGUGUCUUGGCCCGGCCAGCCCCACAGGAGGCCAGGUGAACUCCAGCCGCUACAAGACGGAGCUGUGCCGGCCCUUUGAGGAAAACGGCGCGUGCAAGUACGGAGACAAGUGCCAGUUUGCGCACGGCAUCCACGAACUGCGCAGCCUUAGCCGCCAUCCCAAGUACAAGACAGAGCUGUGCCGCACCUUCCAUACCAUCGGCUUCUGCCCCUACGGGCCCCGCUGCCAUUUCAUUCACAACGCUGACGAGCGCCGCGGACCGCCGCUCAAGUCCACCAACGGAUCGUCCCCGUCCUCCUGCUCCUCAGGCGAGAUGGAGCGGCCCCGGCUGCAGCACAGCUACAGUUUUGCAGGCUUCCCCAGUUCAGCGGGGCUCCGCGACAGCCCCACGUCUGUCACCCCGCCGCCCAUGUUUUUCCCAGACGAGGUCCCAGACUGGCCCAGCAGCAACCCCUUCACCUACUCCAGCCAGGAGCUGGCCAACCUGUUUGGGCCCAGUCUGAGCGGCACUCCCCUGUGCCCCGAGCCUAGCAAUGCUGCGCCUUCUUCCCCCACCAACGGGCCUUACUACUUCCGACCCAUGCUGGAGUCGCCCCAGAUGUUCGAGUCCCCGUCCAGCCCCCAGGACUCCCUCUCGGACCAGGAGGGCUACCAGAGCAGCUCCGGCAGCAGCUUGAGUGGCUCAGAGUCCCCCACACUCGACACCACCCGGCGACUCCCCAUCUUCAGCCGUCUCUCCAUCUCAGACGACUAGACAGAAUGCCUUAUCUCAUCCCUUUGCUUUUAGACACGAGGAGAACUGGGCCCGAGGCCUUGGGCACCAUCACCUUGAUGUCGCCACAAGGACAUAUUCAGUCAAGGCAGGAACACCCCCCCCCCCUUCAAAGUUUGCCCCCUUACACACUGGUCAUCUUUUCAUGCCUUUUACUGGCUUGCUGUCCUGUGUGUAAGGUAUGCAGGAUUUGGAGGUGGGGGGGUUUGAAGUUGCCUUAGGAAUUUUGGAAUUCCCAGGCAAAAUACCGCUGGCCACGACAUGGGAUAUGAAGUUUAAUAUCCUAGACUCAUUGCCCAAAACUCUUUGACGAUCUUACUCUGACAAUCUGCGACUCAGAAAAAUGCCCCUGGGUCUCAGUUUGGAAAAUCCUAAAGAAAGUAACUGGCAAAUCAUUUUGGGGACCCACCCUUCAAAGCAUGCCAAUCAACCAAGCAUGCAUCCCUGGAAGCUAACAAGUUUAGACAGGGACUCUCAACCGAUCUUGAAUCCUCCAAACCUCUGUUUGGGAGACCCAGUGACUUACAAUCAAUCUUGGUCCCCGGCGCCUCUGUUUGGAAAACAAAAAAUGACGACCGACUCAUUUUGGGACCUUGUGCCUCAGUUUGUGAAACGGUGGUAAUCCCACAAACUAUUUUCAGACACCUGUGCCUCAGUCUGGGUCAAAGAAUGACUCAAAAAGUCAUUUAUUAGACUAUUUCAGCAUUUGUGGAACCAGGAAAUCCAACAAAGAAAAAAGACAUUGACCUAUUUCAGGACUAGUGCCUCAUUUUGGGAAACUGAGCUUCCUCAAAAAGGUAUUUGCUAACCAUUUUUAGCACCUGAGCCUUGUUUUGGACAAAAAAAAUGGUAAACCAAUUUGGGACCCCAUGCCUGAAUUUGGUAUCACGUGUCUACAUUUAGUGGGCCACUCUGCCUCAGUUUGUGAUAUCAGUCCACCCAAAAAAGUGAUUUGCAAACUAUUAUCAACUAGGUGCCUUGAAAAAAAUGACCCACCAAAGCAUUCUGAGACCCGGUGCCUCAGUUUGUGAAAUCACGUACUCUGUGAAUAAUUUCUGGGCCCCCGUGCCUCAGUUUGGGAACCCCACAAGUUUAGGGAUCUUCAACAAAUCAUUUCAUUCCUGCUAAUCUGCACACAGCCAGUUAAUUUAGCUUUGGGGGGUAUAGAAAAAAGUGCCCUACCAUGUGCCACCGUGCCCAAAAUGCGCGUGAAAAAAUUUUGAACUGAAAAUUGUGAAAUUUGACUCUGAUCAUGAUUUCUUGUUCUGCCAAGUUUUUUCCGCUUUUGAUUGUGUAGCAGCACAAGUGGCCUUGGAAAACAAACCUGGGGACUGUAUUGCACUAGCCACCCCCUCAUUAGCCCCCCACACCCAAAACUAGAACAAAGAAAAAGACACACGACUCUGAAAAGUUAUGGUUGUAAACAAAAUAAAUGUUAGAUACCAAGAAAAAAGUGCCUAGGGGAUGGGGUUUGUGUGUUUUGCGUGGGGGUGAAAGGACUACUGUGCUUAUGUAAUUGUGAUGUAGGGUGAGUCUGCAGGAAGGACUUUUGAACUGGAAGUUGGUCACCACCCACCCCCUCAUAGCCCCCCCUCAUCCUGUUGCUGGUCACUGGCUUUUUUGUUUUUCUUGAUCUUUAUUAAGCUGAUCAUUAUUGGCCACCUCACUUGACAAGAUCUCCAAGCUCUCUUCUCUUCCUUUUGAUAAUUAUUUUUUAUUAAUGUUAUUAUUAUGGUUAUUAUUAUUAAUAUUAUUAUUUGAGAACUUUCCAGACAGAAUGUUGGGCUUUUUUUUUUUUUGCUUGUCACUGCUUAUUUAACUUAUCAGAACAUAUUUAUUGGUGAUCAUAUGCGUUUUUUUUUCUCUUGUUUUUUGUUGUUUAAUUUUUGUAUUUAUCUGGAUAAUGAACAAUAGAAUAUAUUUUCUUUUAUGUUAAAUUAUGAUCUUCCAUAUUAAUCUAAAGAUUGUGAAGACAGUUUGUCGGUUUUCCUUUGUUAUUCUUUUGUUUCCUCCACAGUUUAAUAUAUUGUACUUCUGCAACUAGGCUUUUUUUGUCAAAAUUGGUCGAAAUUGCGACAAGAAAAAAAAUGCCGUUUGGAUUAUUUAUUUCACAUCUUCCCUUGUAACUGCAAUUCCACCAGAACAAACUUGAUGAUUAGUUUAUUUUGUUGUUGUUGUUGUUUUGUUUUUUUCCUCCCCCACACACACGUUUCGAGUGCUUUCGAGAAGUAACUCGGGUGCUUUUAAGCCCUUAUUAGUUUUGUUUUUUUGGGGUAACGUUCCUGUUUUCACCCAGUCUGCUGUGACCAAAUAGCUUGAGGAAAAGUGUUCAGAGUUCAAGUGCCUCGUUUGCAUACAUUCCAGGUAGCUAAGGACAGCAGAGGACCUGUUUUUUCCCCCUGCGUUGGCUUCACAUGUUUUUGUAAAAAAAAAAAAAAAUUUUUUUUUCUUCUUUUGGGACACAAAGAAAGUAAAUAACAAAACUGUUGAAUGUAUUUUUUCCAGCCAUGUUUGUCACUACAGUCCUGUGCUGCCACGUUUUUUUUUUUCUUGUAAAGUUGAUUGCAGUUCAGUCAAUAAACCCCGUAUUUUUUGGAAAAAGUUGAAAA